AUGCCUUCCGAUAAAUGUAUUGUUUUAAAUUGUCCGAGUGGUAGAAAUGUUCGUAAACAUUAUUUUCCGAAAAAUGAUUUGGAAUUUCGUAUAUGGGUUAAAAGGGCAGGCAAUGACAAAAUUAUUAAUCUUUCUAAAGAAGAGAUCACUAAAAAAUAUGCAAUAUGUACCCUUCACUUCCAAGAUUCGUGUAGGAGCAUUGGUACUGUUCGAUUAAAUAAAGGAUCACUUCCUACAAUGUUUUUACCAAGUAUUUAUAAUAAUAUGAUUAUUAUUGUUUAG